CCAUCCAUCCAUCAAUCUCUUGCAAUGGUCAUGGCGUCGCUGUUACGGUCCUCCUUUGUUCUUCUUCUCUUUCCCUGUCUUCUUAGUGUCGUGGCAACCAAGCAGACUUACAUAGUACACAUGAAGCAUCACCUGAAGCCUUCAUCCUUUGUUACCCACCAUGAUUGGUACACUGCAAAUCUCCAAUCUGUAUCAUCCGAUUCUUCUUCUCUUCUCUACUCCUACAACACUGCCUACCAUGGCUUCGCCGCCUCCCUCGACCGUGACCAAGCCGAGGCCCUCCGCCAAUCCGACUCUGUUCUGGGUGUUUACGAGGAAUCGGUUUACAAUCUCCACACCACUCGUACCCCCGAGUUUCUCGGCCUCAACACUGACUUGGGUUCGUGGGCCGGCCUUGGGACCCAGGAUCUCGAUCAAGCCUCCCAGGAUGUCAUCAUCGGUGUACUAGAUACCGGCGUUUGGCCUGAGUCAAAAAGUUUCGACGAUUCGGGAAUGCCUCAAAUCCCUUCCAGAUGGCGAGGGCAGUGUGAGUCCGGCGUCGACUUCAGGCCUUCUCUGUGCAAUAGGAAACUCAUCGGGGCUCGCAGCUUCUCUAAGGGCUACCGCAUGGCUUCCGGUGGGAGAUUCAUGAAAGAACCCAAGGAGAACGAGUCACCUCGGGACCAAGACGGGCAUGGCACCCACACGGCGAGUACGGCGGCUGGGUCUCACGUCGCCAACGCUAGCCUUCUCGGUUAUGCCAGCGGUACUGCUCGUGGGAUGGCCACAAGGGCACGUGUCGCCACUUACAAAGUGUGUUGGAGCACCGGUUGCUUUGGUUCCGAUAUUCUCGCUGGAAUGGAUCGUGCCAUCGCCGAUGGUGUCAAUGUGCUCUCGCUUUCCCUCGGUGGUGGUUCCGCACCUUAUUACCGUGAUACCAUCGCCAUCGGAGCAUUUACGGCCAUGGAGAUGGGAAUCUUCGUGUCUUGCUCCGCCGGGAAUAGUGGGCCCAGUAGAGCAUCGCUGGCCAAUGUGGCUCCCUGGAUCACCACAGUUGGUGCAGGCACUCUUGACCGUGAUUUCCCGGCUUUCGCUGAACUCGGGAAUGGGAAGCGGUUUGCCGGUGUAUCGCUCUACAGUGGAAGUGGGAUGGGUUCCAAGGCGGUCGGCUUGUUUUACGACAAAAGCAACAGUUCGAGUGUCCUGUGCUUGCCCGGUUCACUCGAACCGGAACGGGUUCGUGGGAAGGUUGUGCUUUGCGACCGUGGUGUCAACGCUCGAGUGGAGAAGGGUGCGGUUGUGCGAGACGCUGGGGGGUUGGGGAUGUUACUGGCAAACACGGCAGCCAAUGGAGAAGAGCUGGUGGCUGACAGCCAUCUGAUACCGGCGGUGGCGGUGGGAUUAAAAGAGGGGGAUAUGAUCAGGGAUUACGUUGGGUCUGAUCCUAAUCCGACGGCCCUGCUAGGUUUUGAAGGGACUGUGUUGAACGUGCGUCCUUCACCAGUGGUGGCUGCAUUCAGUUCCAGAGGGCCGAACGUGGUGACACCUCAGAUAUUAAAACCGGACCUGAUUGGACCGGGAGUUAACAUAUUGGCCGCAUGGUCUGAGGCUGUGGGGCCCACCGGCCUGGCGAAAGACACUAGGAAGACUCAGUUCAACAUCAUGUCGGGUACAUCUAUGUCGUGUCCGCACAUCAGCGGUGUAGCUGCGUUGCUCAAGGCGGCCCACUCAGAUUGGAGUCCAACUGCCAUCAAAUCAGCGCUGAUGACGACUGCUUACACGCAGGACAACACUCAAUCACCUCUACGCGACGCUGCAGGCGGUGAUUCCUCCACCCCGUGGGCCCAUGGGUCGGGUCAUGUGGACCCACAGAAAGCCCUCUCACCUGGCCUAGUCUACGACGCCAUACCCGAAGACUACAUCGCAUUCCUCUGUUCGUUGGACUACGGCAUCGAUCAAGUCCAGGCCAUCACCAAGAAGCCCAACAUCACAUGUUCCAGGCGGUUCAAUGACCCGGGCGAGCUCAACUAUCCAUCAUUCUCGGUUUUGUUUGGGAAGACCAGGGUCGUCCGAUACACUCGAGAAUUAACCAACGUUGGGGCUGCCGUCUCCACCUAUAACGUCACCGUGGGUGGACCUCGAGGCGUCGGGGUGAGGGUUGUUCCCAGUAAGCUUGUGUUCAGACAGGUAGGGGAGAAGCUCAGAUACACCGCCACAUUCGUGGCAAAUAAGAAUAGUAAGAAUCGGGUCGGGUCAGGACCGGAAUUCGGGUGGAUGGUUUGGAGUAACGAGCAACACCAAGUUCGAAGCCCAGUCUCUUACGAAUGGACGCAAUCGUGAUCGUGAUUCCAUAAUCCAAAGAGGCUAA